AUGGAAAACAAGAGAGGAAAUAUCUCCAUCAUUACAUACGUGGUCUUGCUGGGAUUUGGGGACCUCAAAGAAGUCGGGACUGCCCUUUUCUCUUUGUUCCUCAGCCUUUAUGUUGUCACACUGUGUGGUAACCUGUUGCUGAUCCUCGCCGUCCAGACAAGCCCAUACCUGUGCCACUUAUCUUGUGUGGAUGUUGGAUACACAAGCAGUAUUGCCCCUCAGCUGCUGAGGGAGGUCUUGGCUGGUGGUGUCACUAUCUCCUUUCCUGCCUGUGUGGUGCAACUCUAUGCUGUUGGGUCCCUGCUCACUGUAGAGUGUUUCCUCCUGGCCGUCAUGUCCUAUGAUCGCUACUUGGCCAUCUGUUGGCCCCUGAGAUACUCAGUGCUUAUGGACAUCAGAACUUGUGUCAAGCUGGCAGUUGGAUCAUGGAUUGGUGGUUUUCUUUUUGUGGGAAUUGUGCUAAUUUUGCUCUCCACAUUAACCUUCUGUGGUCCCAAUGUCAUUGAUAAUUUCUUCUGCAACUUCUUCUCCCUGGUGAAGCUCUCCUGCACUGACACUACAAUGGUGGAGACUGUGGUCUUAACAUCAUCAUUCCUAUCCCUGUCUCCAUUCCUUUGGACCCUGUUAUCUUAUAGUUGUAUUCUGUCCUCCACUUUAAGGAUUUCUUCUUCUACAGGGAGAUACAGAGCUUUUUCCACUUGCUCCUCCCACUUGAUUGUUGUGAGUGUGUUUUAUGGCACCUUGUUUGUGGUGUACAUGACACCAGCAUUAGAAACAACACUCAAUCUGAACAAGAUUUUUUCACUUCUUUACACAGUGCUCACGCCCCUUCUCAAUCCUUUAGUCUAUAGUCUGAGAAACAAGGAUGUCCAAAUUGCUCUGAAGAAUGGAGCAAAACUUUCCUGUUUAGUAAGGUAA